AGCCCCUCACAAUUUUCUUUAUACAUUUCAAAUUAUCCAUGGGAAAAAACAUGAUUUUUACGCUGCAGUCAAUGCUUUGCUUUCAUAUCAACAUUGUUGCAUCUCUAAAGAGCUCCACUGACGAGUAUGCUCUUUUAGCCUUCAAAUCUCAAAUAACUUCUGAUUCAAAUAAUAUCUUGGCUAAAAAUUGGUCACAAGGAACCUCAUUUUGUAACUGGGUUGGCAUUACUUGUGGCAGUAGAUAUCAAAGAGUUAGGGAGUUGAAUUUAGCAAAUAUGGGUGUAGGAGGUACUAUUGCUAAGGAAAUCGGUGAACUCUCUUUCUUGAGAUCCUUGAUUAUUAGCAACAAUAAUUUCCUUGGAUUUAUCCCUGGCGAAAUUGGUAAUUUAAGCCAGCUUCGAGAAAUAGAGAUGAAGAUAAAUCUCUCCCAUAACAGGCUCUAUGGAGAAAUUCCUAAUAGGAUUUUCAACCUCCCUUGUUUGACGGCAAUUGAUUUAAGAAACAAUAGUCUCUCAGGACGUCUCCCCACAGAUAUCUGCAAUAAUCUUCCAAAUAUGGAGUGGCUAAGAAUUUUGUUUAAUCAUAUAAGUGGCAACAUUCCUCCAAGCUUGGGAGCAUGCAGGAAGCUUCAACUACUUUCUCUGAUGUACAAUAAUUUUUCUGGAAGCAUUCCAAUGGAAAUCGGAAACUUGUCAAAGCUUCAAUCUCUCUAUCUAGGAGGAAAUAAUUUGAUGGGAAAUAUUCCAAAUGAAAUUGGAAAGCUAUCUGAACUUGUAUAUUUAGAUUUGGGGAUCAACCAUUUGAAUGGAAGCAUUCCAUACGAAGUUGGAAACUCAUCGGCACUUCAACAAUUUUAUUUGUUUUCAAAUAACUUAAUAGGUGAAAUUCCGCAUUCAAUUGGCAAUUUAUCAAAUUUGAAGAUUUUGGAUAUGUCCCAAAACAAUCUUCAUGGUCCAAUACUUGCAGCCAUCUUCAAUCUCUCCAUGUUAAAAGUACUUGCUUUAGACGUUAAUAGUAUAUUUGGGAAUCUUCCAUCUUCAAUUGCCAAUUGGCUUCCUGAUCUCGAAGGUCUCUAUCUCGGUGGCAAUCAAUUGGGCGGUGAAAUUCCUGCCUCUGUUUCAAAUUUUUCUAAGCUUAUCCACUUGGAUCUUAGUUACAACUCGUUCAAUGGACGAGUGCCCAUGAAUAUUGGGAAUUUACAGAACCUACAAAAACUAGGAUUGGAUAAUAAUGAGUUGACAAAUGAUCCUUCAAUGAUCGAAUUGGAUUUUCUUAUUUCAUUGAAAAAUUGUAGGAAUUUGAAGAUCAUAGUGAUGAAAUAUUACCAAAAGCCUUGGGUAAUUUGUCAACAUCAGUUGAAAUUUUCUCUGCCGCUUAUAGUGGCAUUAAAGGUAUCAUUCCUAAUGAAAUUGGUAAUAUGAGCAACUUGAUCGAGUUAAACAUUGGAGUCAAUGAAUUGACAGGAACAAUCCCUGACACAUUGGGGCAAUUAAGAAAAUUGCAAAAGCUGGAACUUCGUUCCAAUAAACUAGGGGGGUCGGUACCUUUCAACCUUUGCAAUUUGGUAAAUCUAUAUCGUCUUCAUUUGAGCAAUAAUAAGCUUUCUCAACAGAUACCAACUUGUUUAGGAAAUCUUACCUCUUUACGAGAAAUGUAUUUAGAUUACAACUCAUUGACUUCAACUAUCCCAUCCACACUUUGGACUAACAAGGAUAUUCUGAUUUUGAGUUUAGCUUAUAAUUCGCUAAAUGGGUCAUUGGCUUUAGAAAUUGGAAGCAUUAAGAACAUGAGGGAGUUAUACUUAUCAGGAAAUCAGUUUUCAGGUGAUAUUCCAAGCACCCUUGGGCAACUUCAAAAUUUGGAAAUUCUUACAUUAUCGAACAAUCAGUUACAUGGUCAUAUACCUGAGUCGUUUGGGAAUUUGAUUUCAUUGCAAAAUCUGGAUCUUUCCAAAAACAAUCUCUAUGGUGUAAUCCCCAAGUCAUUGGAAAAACUUGAGUACCUUGAGUAUUUCAAUGUUUCAUUCAAUGAACUUAGUGGUGAAAUUCCAAGUGGAGGGCCUUUCAAAAAUUUCAGGUCAGAAUUUUUUGUAGGCAAUAGAGAAUUGUGUGGAGCAUCUCAAUUUAAAGUCAAGCCGUGCAAAAAUAAUACAGCUAGAUUAUCAAGCAAUACUAGAGUUUUGAAGUACAUUUUACUACCAGUUGCUAUUGUAUUGAGUUUGGCCAUUACUGUGGUUUAUGUAAUAAGACGCGGUAGUAGAAGUACGGUUCUACUAGCUCACUCUACUUUCCCUAUCACUGUCAAGAGGAUUUCAUAUUAUGAAGUUCUAAAUGCUACCAACAAUUUUGGUGAAGAGAAUCUUAUUGGUGAAGGCAACAUCGGGUUAGUGUACAAGGAAAUAUUUUCAGAUGGAAUGAUAGCUGCAAUUAAGGUUUUUAAUCUAGAUUUGGAAGGUGCAAACCAAUGUUUUAUACUGAGUGCCAAAUUUUGUGCAACAUUCGUCAUAGAAAUCUUGUCAAGAUAAUUACAAGUUGCUCUAACCUUGAUCUUAAAGCCUUGGUGCUGGAAUAUAUGCCUAAUGGAAACCUUACAAAAUGGCUAUCCUCGAGCAACUAUUUCCUAAAUAUGUCUCAAAGAUUGGAAAUAAUGACAGAUGUGGCAUCUGCACUCGAGUAUCUGCAUCAUGGGUGUCCCUUUCCGAUUGUUCAUUGUGAUUUGAAGCCCAACAACAUAGUUUUAGAUGAAGAUAUGGUUGCCCAUGUUGGAGACUUUGGCAUUUCCAAGCUUUUAACUGAAGACCAGAGAAUUUCAAUUACCAAGACGUUAGGGACCAUUGGAUAUAUGGCUCCAGAGUAUGGAUCUACUGGAUUGAUAUCGACUAUGGCCGAUGUUUAUAGCUAUGGGAUUAUGCUGAUGGAGACAUUUACCAAAAAGAAGCCGACAAGUGAUAUGUUUGUUGGAGAGUUCACAAUGAGGAAAUGGGUGUUCGAAUCAUUCCCCGAUGCAAUAAUGCAGAUAGUGGAUGUUGAUCUAGUGAAUCCAGUUGAAGAUAAUAUUCAAGCCAAAGAGAUCUGCUUUAGAUCAAUAAUGGGAAUAGCACUAGAAUGCACGGCUAACUGGCCCAACGAGAGGCUCAAUUUGAAAGAUGUUGUAAAAAGGCUCAAGGAGAUCAAAACUGAAUUUUGUAAAGUAUAAUACUGUGGCGGAUUAAGAUGAAGAGGUUUGUUUCUUAAUUAAAUUUGCUUUUUCCAUCUCGUAAGAACACAAAAAGGUAGGCGUUUGAGCUAAAAUUUUAUUAAUGAAAUCAAAACCUAUUUUUAGUUUUAGUUGUCGUAGAAUCCAGUCAUCAUAUUAACUACUUUUUAAAACAUACUUCAAUCAUCUCUCAUAAGCUUAUUAUAUACAUCUUUCUAUUAUAGAAAAACUUGGAAAUCAUUUUUGGCUGCUGCCAUUGUUUUGCGAUAUGUUAUUACUGUGAGUUGCUUCUGUGUAAGGAUACCAUGAUAUCAUUACGCGGGUGAUACUGAUGAGAUGAUAAGCAGAUGUAGCAUUUUCUUUUAAUUCUAAAUUAUUAUUUUAGUAAAGUUGCAAUGUCCUAUGUUGGUUUUGUUUCUGAUGACAUUCUUCGUUUCUCUGUUGGCAUUUUCCAAUGAAAAACAUUCUCUUUUCUUUGAAGGAAGGAGCAGACCAUCUUGAAGAACUAAGGAGCGUUUCUGGCUGCUAUGUUGCAUUCAGGCUAUUUUCAAACAUCAGAGUGCCUCAAGGCUUACCCUCAUCCAUAUAACACUCACCAGUUAUUUUGUGAAC